AUGACAGAGACAUCAAAAGACUAUGGUCUAGUCGGACAGCCGAGCGAGGAACUCGACCGGAAGUGGAGCAGCAUCAUGCAGUACUUCUACGCGGAAAUACCGAAGGAGUACAUGGAGAAACUUGGACGCACUCAAGAGGGCAUUCGAUUGCCCAACGGGAACUACCUGGCCAACUACGCUUUCAUCCAUCAACUUCAUUGUUUGAAACGUCUAUACCAGUCGUAUUUUCCCGAUUAUUAUUGGCCUGAUAUGACAGAGGAAGAGACAGAGCUACAGCAUGAGCAUAGCCUACACUGCCUGCAAAUGCUCGUCGAGCAAGUGAUGUGCAAGGCAGAUGAGACACCUCUCACCAUGUAUUGGUUCAACGAAAGCAUCCUCCCCGGCGGCAACCGGACUAUUGCACACGAGUGCGUCAACUGGGAUCGGCUCUUGGAAGGAAUGGAGAAGAAUAAGGUCGAUCCUUUCACACCUGGCUUGCUUGUACAUCCAAAAUUCGGUCCCGUCCUGCCAAAUGGCAGACAGACACAAUUGGACAACAGGAUCGGGUAUGUCAAGCACGCUACCCCUCUAGAUAGAACCCAGUGGCCGUAG